AUGAAGCUCGCCGUUGCAGCAGUGGUUUCCCUCCUCCUGGCCGUAGCCGCCACGGGCGGCGCCGCCGUCACGUUCCAAGUGACGAACAACGCGUCGACGACCCCCGGCGGGCAGCGCUUCGACCGCGACUACGGCGCGGGCUACGCGGCGCGGGUCCUCUCCGACGCCUCCCGCUUCACCUGGGCCGUCUUCAACCAGACGAGCCCCGCGGAGCGCCGGCCCGGCGUCGACACCGUCGCCCUCGUCGUGAACGCCGCGACGGACGACGGCGCCAUCGCCUACACCGACGGCAGCACCAUCGUGCUCGGCGCCGGCUACGUCUUGAACUACACCGGCGACGUCAGGGCCGAGGUGACCGGGGUGCUAUACCACGAGACGGUGCACGUGUGGCAGUGGGGCCUGCAGGACUACAACGCGCACUGGUGGGUCUUCGAGGGGAUCGCCGACUUCGUGCGGCUGCGGGCCGGGUACGCGCCGGCGCACUGGGUGCUGCCGGGGCAGGGGAGCGGCUGGGAUAAAGGGUACGACGUGACGGCGAGGUUCUUCGACUACUGCGACUCGCUCAGGCCAGGGUUCGUCGCCGUGCUCAACGCCAAGCUCAAGGACAGCUACAGCGACGACUACUUCGUGCAGAUUCUGGGUAAGAACGUGCAGGAGCUGUGGAUGGAGUACAAGGCCAAGUACGGCCAGUGA